GGCCCUUCCGUCGGCGCCUGCGCGUUCGAGGGCCGCCCGUGCGUCGCACCGUCCCUCUAAGCGGAGCCGGCGGCCAGAAGGCGUAGGCCGCGCGGCGCUGCUGCGGCUGCUGCUGGAUCCCAAGAGCGGCGGGCGGGAGCGCCGCAGGGAGGCGGCGGAGCUGCUGCCGGUGCCGCAGGGAGGCGGCGGGCCCGCGGAGCGCGCCUCGUCCUCCGCCGCGUCGCGCUGCCUGCCGCCGCUACUGGCCAGGAUGCCCAACAUCAAGAUCUUCAGCGGCAGCUCGCACCAGGACCUCUCGCAGAAGAUCGCCGACCGGCUGGGCCUCGAGCUGGGCAAGGUCGUCACCAAGAAGUUCUCCAACCAGGAGACCUGCGUGGAGAUCGGCGAGAGCGUCCGCGGCGAGGACGUCUACAUCGUGCAGAGCGGCUGCGGGGAGAUCAACGAUAACCUGAUGGAGCUGCUCAUCAUGAUCAACGCCUGCAAGAUCGCUUCGGCCAGCCGCGUCACGGCCGUCAUCCCCUGCUUCCCCUACGCGCGCCAGGACAAGAAGGACAAGAGCCGGGCCCCCAUCUCCGCCAAGCUGGUGGCCAACAUGCUCUCCGUGGCCGGCGCGGACCACAUCAUCACCAUGGACCUGCAUGCCUCCCAGAUCCAGGGCUUCUUCGACAUCCCAGUGGACAACCUCUACGCGGAGCCUGCUGUCCUGAAGUGGAUCAAGGAGAACAUUGUGGAGUGGAAGAACUGCACCAUCGUCUCUCCUGAUGCUGGGGGAGCCAAGAGAGUGACCUCCAUUGCCGAUCGGCUGAAUGUGGACUUCGCCCUUAUUCACAAAGAGCGGAAGAAGGCCAGUGAGGUAGACCGCAUGGUGCUGGUGGGGGAUGUGAAGGACCGGGUGGCCAUCCUUGUGGAUGACAUGGCAGACACCUGUGGCACCAUCUGCCAUGCAGCAGACAAGCUGCUUUCAGCUGGGGCUACCAAAGUUUAUGCCAUCCUGACUCAUGGGAUCUUUUCUGGGCCAGCCAUUUCCCGAAUCAACCACGCCUGCUUUGAGGCAGUUGUAGUCACAAACACAAUCCCCCAGGAGGACAAGAUGAAACACUGCCCUAAAAUCCAGGUGAUCGACAUCUCCAUGAUCCUGGCUGAAGCCAUCAGGCGGACUCACAAUGGGGAAUCGGUCUCUUACCUCUUCAGUCAUGUCCCUUUAUAACUGUAGAUGCUGCUGCUUGGGUGGCUUUUUGAAAAACCAAAAUUUGUUUUAAGUUCAGUAGAUGUUGCUUGUUUGAUUGCUUCCUUUCUACUUCUCAAGAGUUUGGCGGAGGGGUGAGGAGUUCUUGAUUCACAUUCUCAGCCUCUCCAUUGACUGGGAGCUUUUAUGCAAGUUGGGCUUCUUGUGAAGCUAUUGGCCUCUUAACUUGGAGGAGAAGAGAACCAGUUUCCAGUCAUCCACCGUGUCCUUGGGAGGGUGUAGUGGCUAGUUGUGCAGGUCAGAAUUACAUUUUGGUUAUACCUAGAGUGGUCGCUGGGUGCAAGAGUAUGCAGAGAAAGGCCUUUCUGUGCCCAAAAAAAUAUGGCCGUGUUUUGGGGUUUGCCUUGACUGGAACUUGCCCUCCUAUCGUCCCCACCCCUCUUAUGUCCAGUUCAUUUCCAGAAGAGUGGGUUGGAGUGUCCCCCCUCCUUUUAAAGUCUGCCCAGGCAGCUUGUGAUCCUGGGGCAUUCUGUGCCCAGUUGCUUUCAGGUGUGUCUCUUGGCACCUACGCGGUUCCACCUGGCAGCAGCAGAGAUCAUUUCAGAGCAAUGGGGCCUGCCUCCCUUUGAGAGGCAAAAGCAGCAGACCAUUAUCCCCGCCCCGAAGGUUUUCAGAGCGUUUGAGGAGAGGAGAAACGCGGCUCCCAGAAAAGCAGGGGUCUUUACAGCCUGGGCAGGCUGCCUCUGCUGCCACAGCACUUCAGCUGGGUUCUGAGCAGCAGCUCUCUUGAUUGUAUGCCCGUUGCUGUGGCGUGUGUGCAUGUAUCUACCUACAUAUAUAUCUUUAUUUUGCUGCUUCUUUGGGCCCUUCCUGCUGCCUCUGCUUCGCUUCGGCUGAAUCCCCAGGAUGCCACUGUGAUGUUUGUGUUACUCAGAACUUCAGAGCAGGAGGAAUUAAACUC